ACGGGGAGUUGGCGCGGGCGGCAUCCGGCGGUCGGUGUCGGCGGGUUUGCGUGAUGGCUCCGAAGGGUGGCAGUGGGGCCCGGCAGCAGUCGGAGGAGGACCUGCUCCUGCAGGACUUCAGCCGCAACCUCUCGGCCAAGUCCUCGGCGCUCUUCUUCGGCAACGCCUUCAUCGUGUCCGCCAUCCCCAUCUGGCUGUACUGGCGGAUCUGGCACAUGGACCUGGUGCAGUCUGCGGUGCUGUAUAGCGUCAUGACCCUGGUCAGCACCUACCUGGUGGCCUUUGCUUACAAGAAUGUCAAGUUCGUCCUCAAGCACAAAGUAGCCCAGAAAAGAGAAGAUGCCGUUUCCAAAGAAGUCACCCGCAAGCUUUCUGAGGCAGACAAUAGGAAGAUGUCUCGAAAGGAGAAAGAUGAGAGAAUUCUGUGGAAGAAAAAUGAAGUUGCAGAUUAUGAAGCUACAACAUUUUCCAUCUUCUACAACAACACUCUCUUUCUGGUCUUGGUCAUCAUUGCUUCAUUUUUUGUGCUGAAGAAUUUCAACCCCACUGUAAACUACAUUCUGUCUAUAAGUGCAUCAUCUGGACUGAUCGCUCUGCUGUCUACAGGAUCCAAGUAGACAAAACAGUGAUUAGAUGUUUGUACCUCUGGGUGGGUUCAGUUUCAUUGCAAAGACUUGAGGGCAGGAAUAUAAACAUUUGCUUAUAGGCUGAAAACUUAAGGGAUUUUUACAGCACAGUGUAAAGUGAAUGACAAAAAUAUUUUUGUUCUCCUAAGAUGUUCUGGUGGAUAGUUGGAGUGGAUCAGCCUUUUUUUUUUUUUUGAUUAGCAGAAAAAAGAGCAUGUGAGAAGUUUAAUAAACUGAACUCCUUUGAAACACUCUGUUACCACAAUUGGGGUGACUGUCUAAUGUUUGGAGUUUCAAUAAACCCAAUUGGGCUACACAGAAUAGCACAGAGAAUAGUUCUGCUCCAAAUAAACAACAGAUUCUCUUUCAAAUGAUGACUCUUUCUGUACAAGAGCUUCACUUAGAAAAAAAGUGACAAAUCUCCCACUUUAUAAUUUGAAAGGUUUAAUAAAAAUGAAAAGAACAUCCUGA